AUGUUUGUCAAACUUUUAUUGAUUGCUGCCUUUUUUUCGAACAUCUCCCAAGCAAUGAUCGCUCUACCAUCCGAGUCAAAAGUCUCCAUUUACGACUUCUGCGGACCAAAAGUUCCGUGUGCUCCAGGACACCUCUGCCACGAAGGGUUUUGCAUCCAACAACAAUCAUACGGCAGUUUCCCUUCUUUCCCAAGAUCACUGUUCUAUCGUUCUUUGUAUCGCCGUUAA